GUUCAACAACAUCCAGCGUCUGUGAACGUUCUAGACUACCUGUAUCAGGUAUACCAAAGAUAGUAAUUAGGGCAAAAUAGUAUUCACAGUUGUUGUCAUGGCCAGUUCAACCUCCAAAAUGGGCACAUCUUUUAAGGUUGAUGACGUGCAGGAGCUUGCAAAAUUGAAGCGUGAGGAUGUACCAGAGAGAUAUAUUCGACCUCAACGAGAGAGGAUUGGAUGUACAGCACUAAGUGCUCCCCCUGGCCUUCAUGUCCCUCUCAUUGACAUGGCCAAGAUAUUCUCAUCACACCAUUCCACUAGACAACAUGAGAUGGAAAGGCUUGCUCAGGCUUGUAAACAAUGGGGUUUUUUUCAGGUGAUGAAUCAUGGAAUCGACCUGGGUCUACUGGAGCUAAUAAAGGAGGUGGCGAGGGACUUCUUCAAGCUGCCAGUUCAAGAAAAAGAGAAGUAUGCAAUGAUUCCUGGCACAAUCCAGGGAUACGGUCAUGCUUUCAUUUUCUCAGAUGAGCAGAAGUUAGAUUGGUGUGACAUGAUGGCCUUGGGAACCAUGCCCAAGUCUAUUCGCAAGGAAAACCUUUGGCCCGCAAAGCCAUCACCGUUCAGUGAUACAGUGGAGGCUUAUUCAAUGGAGGUGUCUAAACUCUGCUGGAAACUGUUGAGUGCCAUAGCUGAGAACCUGGGCCUAAAUUCCAAUAUAUUUGAGGAGAUAUUUGGAGAAAAUGUGCAGGCCGUGAGGAUGAACUUCUAUCCUCCCUGCCCUAGGCCUGAUCUGGUUCUAGGUUUAAGUGCACACUCUGAUGGAAGCGCUCUUACUGUGUUGCUGCAAGAUGAUGACUGUGUAGGUUUGCAGAUUCUUAAGCAGAACCAGUGGAUUUCUGUAGACCCAAUCUCAGAUGCUCUGGUUAUCAAUAUAGGGGACACUCUGGAGGUUUUGGCGAAUGGAGAGUACAAGAGUGUUGAGCACAGAGCAGUAACAAACGGAAACAAAGAAAGAUUAUCGAUUGCUACAUUUCAUGCUCCAAGCUACGAUGUGGAGUUGGGUCCAUUACAUCAAUUAAUAGAUGAAGAUCAUCCAAGGCUGUACAAGAACUAUAAUCAUGCAGACUACAAUCGUCACUAUGUCACUAACAAGCUGAACGGGAAGAAAUCCCUAGAUUUUGCAAGGAUUUGACCUUUAACAAUUGCGAAAUCCAUAUGACUGAACUCUAUUAAAUAAUUAAAUAAAACCCACUGCUAUCAGCCUGUGGUUCCAUCUUUUAA